AGCAGGGGUGAGCGGCGGAGCGGCGUGGGGCUGUCAGGAUGCGCCCCUGGCUCGGCGCCCCUGGGCUGCUGCAGCUGCUCUUCCAGCUGUUUCGGCGGCUGGAUUUCUCCUGGGCCGGCGGCCAGACGGGGGAUGGUUGUGGUCACUCUGUGCUGACACCUUACAGUGGGACGCUGGCCUCCAAGAAUUAUCCUGGCACCUACCCCAACUUCACAUCCUGCCAGUGGAGGAUCCAUGUGGCUACUGGGAACUACCUCAGCCUAGUCUUUGGAGACAUGGACAUCGAGGCCUCAGAACAGUGCAGAUCUGGCUUCUUGUCGCUUUUUUCUGAUAGCUCCAGCUACGGUCCAUACUGCAGUAACUCAAACCUAACCCACACGGUGUUGGUAGUGAAUACUAGCUCAGUAACCAUCUUGUUCAACAGCACAGUGCACCGCUCAGGACGUGGCUUCCUCCUUUCCUAUGCCAGCAGCAGGCAGCCAGAUUUGAUUUCCUGUUUGCAGAAGGGUAUCCAUUACAGCAAGGAACAAAUCAGAGUGUACUGUCCUGCAGGCUGCAAGGAAGUCACAGGAGACAUAUGGGGCAACAUGAGACAAGGCUACCGUGAUACCUCCGUUCUCUGCAAGGCUGCUGUCCAUGCUGGUGUGAUCCUAGAUGAACAGGGAGGGCAGAUUACGUUGUUGCAAGGAAAGGGGAUCACUCUGUAUGAAUCAUCCUUUGCUAAUGGACUCUACUCAAAAAGGGGACCCUUAUCUGAAAAGCGGCUCAUCUUUCAUAAAGACUGUGAUGGAGUCUUGGAAGCAUCCAGCUUCAACGCAUCAUCCUGCUGGCAUGAGCAGAAUGCCAUGGGAGAGAAUCAGAUCUGGACCGCUGAGCAUGCUGCUUUUAGUAGCAGUGGGGUCUCCUGGGCAGCAGAUCAGAGCUCUACAGGAGAGUGGCUGGAGGUAGAUUUGGGUGGAAGGAGAAACGUCACAGAAAUUAUAACAAAGGGGUCCUCGCAUAAAUAUAACUACUACAUAAAGUCCUACAGAGUCCUUUUCAGCCGGGAUGGGAAGAACUGGAAAGUCUAUAAGUCCAAAAAUGGAGACGAUAAGGUCUUUAAAGGAAAUAGUGACAGCUACCAAGAGGUCUCCAACACUUUCAUCCCACCAAUCCUGGCUCGUUACCUGCGCAUCACACCCCAGAGCUGGAACCAGAGGGUUGCGCUGAAAGUGGAGUUGUUGGGAUGUCAGGUGGCACGCCUCAAGGCAAUGCGCCCAUACAGCGAUAAUGGAAUCCAAAGUGGCCCCAAGGAGCUCCCCAUCCUGACCAGCAUUCCGGCCAUUUUCACCCCAAACCCUGGAAUAGUAAUCAGUUCUGAGAAAACAGGUCCUCCGUUACUAGUGAUGUUGCUGAUUGGAGGCUUCGUGCUCAUCUCCUCUGCCUUACUACUGCUGGCUUUCCUCUGCCUUAAGAAGAGGAAGACAGCGGUUGAUCAAGACUGUGGUCUUGUAAAAGGCUACCCAACAUCAGGGACUAGCCAGGUCUCUUCCAGAUGCAGCCUGCAACUGUCCACUUCAGAAAUGGCCCUGUUCCCUGGGGCAGGGGCCUCAGCAGACCUCAGCAGAGCUCUGUCACCAGAAUAUGCUGAGCCAGAUGUGGUCCAAGUCAGCCCCACCAGCCAGACGGUCCCAUCCACAUUCAAGCCUGACCCAGAUGAGGGCUACACGCUCCCCCUGGUGGUGAAUCACUAUGACAUGCCAGGGAAACACCAUGAGAAUUUGCCCCCAGAGCCGGAAUAUGCCACGCCAUUUGUAGAGCAGCCCACUGAGCCAGAGGGGGCUGCUCUCCGGAGGAACAUCUGCAUCAUCAAAGUCAUUCCUUCCUCCCAAAGCCAGCUAGGGUCCUUGGGCUCACCAGGGUACCCCGAGCCCCAGACACAAUACGACUCCCCUGCUCGGCGGGCUGCUGAGAAGCCAGACACCGCAGGAGGUGUGGCCAGCAUGCUGGAGGGUGGGGCCACAACCACCCACAAGGAACUACAAGGCAAUCGGACUCGGGGCUCAAAAGAUGAGUUCCCUGCUGCGCAGCCACCUACCUCGCUCCAAUGA